GUAUUAUUGUUUUGAUUGAAUACGGUUCCUAUCUGUGGGGUUAUUUUGUAAAGUAUUUUUUUAUCAACUUCUUUAAAACUGCACCACAAUGAACACAAGAAAACUGUGGGGUGAGAUGGAAGACGAGAGAACAGAUGAGACGUUACUUCAGAAUGUCAACUUUAAUCCAAUAAUAGAACUGGGUAUGCAAAAUAUUCCUGAAAUAUCUAUCACUGUGAAAUCUUCCCCUAUCGAACUUCCAAAGCCUAAUCUAAUCACUCAUACAAUACAGCUACAUGCUCACGCGAGGCAGCUGUCAAAUAUACUCGAACAAGCUGAAAAUGCCUUGUUUGAGGGUGCACGGAUUGGUCCAAUAAGCUUACCCAUAGAACCACCAGAACCAGAAAUAAAACUAGAACAUGACACGAACCCGCCGAUUAACUUCCUUGAAAAAGAGUAUUGUGAUUUCUCACUAGGCAAAGGUCCCAUGAUAUUGCCUUUUACUCCAGAAAGUCACAAGAGAGCACUGCGGCAGUGCGCGGCAAUAGCUCUUGGUCACGUUGGCGUUGCGACUACUACUAAUGUCGUACUGACUGCCGUGGCAGAUGCCCUGGAUCUCCACAUGACCAACAUGUGCAAGCUGCUCAGGACUGUUGUGGACAGAGAAGCAAGUGGCCUAAAAUCAGGCUUCCCGGAUGCAAUCUCAAAGGUGUUUUCUGACCUCAAUGUUGGUAACCUUCAUGAAUUUUAUCAGAACAGAGUUGUGAGGUAUCAUGCAAUGACUAAAAAGAAAUGUGAAGAGUUGAGAAUUCAGUGUGAAGCUCUGGCUAUAAGGGACAUCGCACCACAGUUGAAGCUAGAAGAAGUACCAGAGUUACACUUCCCUGCUGCACUGGAUGGUGCAUUCACUCCAUCAUUAGAGCCAGGGUUUCAAAUGCUGCACAGUCUAGAACAAGAAGGCUUGGAGCUGCUAGAUGCAGUAACAUCAGAUGAUAUCACCAAAAUGGACUCCAUGGAAUUUUCACAACCAGAAACCACAGCAAAACUUCCUACAUUAUCACCCAGUGCGAAAAAGAAAAGAAAAUAAACUUUACCUAUAAUAUCUUUUAUCUAGAAUGUUGUAAGUAAUAAUAAUAUUGUGUAAGCUAUAUUUUUAAAGUAAAAAAUAAAUAUCUUUGUAACAUUA